AAGUAAUUAAGAAUUUUACAAAGAAUUCUGUAUUUUGAUUUUAAUAGAAUUUUCCCUUUACUUUAAUCAAUCAAUCUCAAACUAAUAGUUAUAAAAACAAUUUAGCCUAUCCUCCAUCCAACCAAGAAGAUAAUUUGAUUAGAGCAAGAAGGGAAUUGAUUACUAAUGACUUGGAAGAGAAAAGAAAAUAAUGUGAAAUUUAAUACUUAGAAAACGAUAAAAUGUAAAUAACACCGAAGAAAAAAGUCACAAGAAUAGUAGAUAAAAUGAUUUUUUUUAAUAACCACGUGAUAAUUUAUUGUGGAUCAUUUGACGAAGAGAUAAUCCGAUUUUUUUAAUCGAUCGUAGUGGGAAAAUAUAUUAUUAUAGACACAUAUUUUAGCAAUUUACGAAACAAAAGUAAAAAAUUGUCAAUAAACUAAUCGUCUAAACAUGAAAAAGCUCUCACAAUAAGAGAAUUUAAAGACAAAAUCACUAAAAAGUUUUACUUUCACCCUUUGCCCUUAAGGUACGCAUGAAAAGAGAAAUUUUAAAGAAACUUUAAGAUCGAUAUGUUAUCAGCAUAAUGUCAAUCAAAGAACUGUAAUUUUUCUGAAGCGGAGAAUAAAAGAGGUAAAAAGAAUAGAAACAAAAAGAAAUGCUGGCAUCAAUCAAAUCAAUUUGUUAAUUAACGACGAAUUUGAAAUUGUCUAUCGAUUUAUUUUCAAAGGAAUCUAAAUUGUAUAGUCUGAAUAGUCUAGAAGGGCUAGUCGACUAUUCCAUUUAUACUAAAGAAAGAAUCACCUAAUUUAAAAAAUGGUUUAAGGCAAACGUGGAAGAUAUUAUCCAGCAGUGGUCAGGGUAUUGUUACCCAACUUUGGCAGCUUUGUUUAUCCUUGUUGUGAUAAAUUAUGGGGUUGAAAACAGAUUUCUUUGUACACGGGGAUCAUAUUUCAGAUUUAAAUUGUAGAGGAAAAUUGAUAACGAGGAAGAUUAGAUUUGAAUGAGAAACAGUCCUAUAUAAUAUCCCGAACACGUCUUCUAUUUCAUUUAACAAUCAUUUGAUAAAACCUGUCAUGAAUUCAAUUUCAUAUGGCUCUCAUUAUGUUUCAAUCUUAUUAAAUUUCAUAUGUUUAAAUGAAGAUUUCGUCAUCAUUAAUCUUUAAAUAUAUUUAUUUUAAUUGCAAGUAUAAUUUCAUCGGAAGAGAAAAAACACUACUUACGGAAGAGUGAAAUUUUGAUGUAAUCCUAUAUAAAACAAUGAACAGGAAUGCAGUCAAUUCACCAUCGCUAAAAGAUUAUCAUGAUCUACGCUCAAGAGCUGAAUUAGAAAGAUCUCCUGCUGAACAUGAAUUGAUUAGUGAAAAUUAUGAACGAGGUUAUUAUAUAAAAUAUUUUCUGCAGCUAUAAGUUUAUAUUGCUAUCAUCUAGAAACUAGUGUAAGUAGCCCUAUGGGACUGAAUGAAUUAAGUACAAAGUAUAUGGAGAUUUUAAAGCAAAGAGAAAAAGAAAGAGAGAUAUUUCGAAAUCUUCAGAUUAGGUUACGUACACGUGAGGGACAAUUUCGAAUUCUUCGCCAUGCUAUGGGAGAUGCUACGAUAACUAAGAUAUUAACAACAGUCAAUUUACCGAAUAUCUGUUUAGGGCGAAGGCUUAAUGAAAGUAACUUGGAAGAAAGAUUUAUGGAUGCUGAAGAUAAAAUUCGUCAAAUGCAGAUCGACUAUUCAGGAACUCUACAUAAACUAGAAGAACUAAGUGCUAAUAAACAUGAUCUAUUAGAUGAAAUAGAUAAACUGGAGGAAAAUAUAAUAGACUCUCAAAAAAGUUUACUUAGUGUUCAAAAAGACAACAAAUAUUAUAAUAAUAUGGUAAAAAGCAUUCAAAAAGGCAACCAGAAGACUGAUAAAGAGAUUAAGAAUGAUCUUAUUCAAAUUGUUGAAAUUCAAUUAGCUCAAAAACAAACACUGAUUGGAAAGAUUGCAAGUAUGAAUAAGAAACACAAAGAAUAUGAAAGAAUAAUCCGAUCUAUGAACAAAGAGUUAAAAACUGGCCAUGACCCUGUUCAAAAUCUACUUUUAAAGAAUAAAACUUUAAAAUUGGAUAAUGCUGCCUUAAAAGCUACCUCUUCUGAAUUAAGAGUGCUUUUAUAUCAUCAAUAUAGUAAAACAGAAAGUAAAUCUAAUUCAAGUGAAUCAUUUAAAGAAAGAGAUCAAUUACUUCAAAUUAUAAAAGGUUUGAAAGAACAAGUAAAUCUUAGAGAAAAAUAUGAGAAUUCAGAAAGACAAAAGUUAGUUACUUACCAAAUGAGAAUAUCUAAUUUAAUCUCUGAAAAGAAAAGGAUAGAAGUUCAAUGCCAAGAAUUGAAAGAUAAUUUACAAUCUCUUAUAGAAAAACCAAUCAAUAAUCCUGAUGAUCGUGAGAAACUCUUGGAAAGGAAAAUCUACAAAUUGACCCAAGAGCUAAUGGAACAAAAAUUACAGAAUGAAAAAUUGCAAGAUGAAUUAAGCAGUUUUCAAUCAUCCGACUCUUCUGAUGAUUGUAAUUCUGAGAAUAGUACAAAGAACGAAAUUAAGCGUUUACAUUUAACUAUUGACAACCUGAAGGAAAGAAACUUUGACCUUGAAAAACUCAAUAAACAGGCAGAACUGAGAAUAAAUUCUCUAAGAGCAGAUAUAGCCUCUCUAACUGAACAGAGUUCCAAGAUAAAUACGGAUGAUAUGCAAUAUAAACUCAUUCAAAUCGAAUCUGAGAAGGAGAAACUGUCUUGUGAAAAAAAUUUAUUAGAGGAGAAAGCCAAUCAAUUAGAAAACGAAGUGAAAUUUAUAAAAGAACUUCAGUUAGAGCUUGAAAAAGAAAAGAAAUUAAGACAAACUGUAGAAGAUCAAUUAUCAACUCUGAAGGAGAGUGAAAAAAAUGAGGAAAAUAAAAGGAAUAGAAAAGAUAUAGAGAAUGAGCUUGAAGAAGUUACUAAAGACAGAAAUAUGCUUAAUGAUAAAAUGUUAGAAUUAUCAGAUACUUUGCAAAAACUGAGAACAACUCAAGAGGAUAUGACAAAAAGAAAGAAUUGUUUAAAUGAUCAUAUAAAUCUAUCACAGGGGUUCACCGAUGAGAGAGUGAGAUAUACUAAAAAAAUUGAGACUUUGGAAAAUAAAUUAAAAAGUGCCGAAAAAAAAUUAACUUUAGAAGAGCAAAGGUCAAAUAAAGCUAAACUUACUGAGCUCUCUUUGGAAAAGGAAAUUAGGAUAUUAAGUAGGCAGAAUGAAAAAAUCAAACAAGAGAAUAUAGUUCUGAAAGAGAGUAAUCAAAGUCUACAAGCGGUUAGAGAAGAUAUUCAACAUCUCGAAAACAAGGGAAAGGACUUAGAGAGAUCUGCAAUGGAUAUAAAGAACAAGCAUAAAGAUGUUCAUAAACAAUAUAAACAUUUAAACGAUGAAAUGCAAAAAGAUAUUACCGAUUUGCACAAUUGCGUUUAUCACGCUGCACUAGAAAUGAAAGAAUUUAUGUCAAAUGGUGGUAAUUUCGAUGAUAAGGAAAUAAAAGAGAUCGUUAAAGAUUUGACAGAGGAAAAAAAAACACAGGUUCAAGUUAUUAACAAGUUGCAUGACAAAAUAAAGAGUUUGGACGAGGAUAUUAGACGCUAUGAAACGGAGAUUGCUAACUCUAAUAAGGUAAAUCAAAAUUUAGAGAAUUGGAACAAUGAACUCAAGAAUGAGGUAGAGAAGAUAUCUAAAAAACUCGAAGAAGAAUUAUCAGAAAGGGACAAAGUUGAAGGCGAGUUGGAUAACGUUAAAAAAAAUCUGUCAAUUUCCAUUGAAAAUUCUCAUACUCUAGAAAAUAGGAUAGCCUUAUUAGAGCAAAAUGGUCAAAAUAAAGAUAAACAAUUAGACGUUCUUGAGAAAGAAUUAGAAAUGAUAUAUCAAGAAUUAGAUCAUUUUAAAACUAAAGUUGCUGAAAAUGGAAUAGAAUUAAAGAAAAAAGAAGAAAUAAAUAUUGAAUUAAUAAAAACUUUAGAGGAAAUUAAAAGUGAAAAUGAAUGUUUGAAAAACGAAAGUCUUACUGCUUAUAAUAGUAAAACUAAUUUAGACGAGACUCUGUAUAGAAGUCAGCAAGAAUUGGAAGAAUUAACAAACGUAAACUUUGAGCUUAAACUUAAACUAAAACAGAAUGAAACGAAUGAAUUAAAAUUAAUUGAAAAGCUUAAAGAAUUAGAAACGAAAAUUAAUUCAAUUAAUAAGAAAUAUGAUGCAGAAAUUAACAAAAAAUUUGAAGAGCAACAAGAAUUAAAUUCAUCUCUGCUGAAUGUUCAACAGGAAUUGCAAAAUAAAAUAUCUGAAUAUGAUAAAUUAUAUAAACAACUCGAAUUAGAGAGGCAAUUUAAAUGUCAACUUGAAAAUGAUAAAAGAAAACUGGAUUUAUUAAUACAAGAUUUAAUUAAGGAAAAAGGACUUUUAAAGAGUACGAUAGAAGAUUUGAAAAAACAAAAUUUAAUUGAAGAAAAUGAUAAUAGUCAGACAGUUUCAACUCAUGAAAUUACAAGGAAAUUAAGUUAUUUAGUACAAGUAAAUUGUCAAAUAUGCCAAACUCAUAUUGAUAGUAAUGAUAAGUUGACAUGCGCUAUAUGCUGUAGAGAACUUUGUUCAGAAUGCUGCAGUCAAAGUGAAAUAUCAACAACCAAGUAAUACAUUGAUUCCCUUCUCUUCAUAUCAACUUAACAAUUCUACUAUAUUUAGUAUAACAUCUAGAUUUUGCGAUGAAUGUUACUCAUUGAGACGAAAGGAUGCCGAUAAUAUAAAUCAAAAUUCAUCUAAAAUCACUUGCGCUUCAAAUAAGGCAUCGUAAGUAAUAAUAUAAGUAGACAUAAAUAUCAUGAAGAGCUGACAUUAUCUAUGUAUCUUUUAGAGAUCACAUUAUCUACCCAUCUCGAAUGGUUGACAAAAAAUUGCAUAUGGAGGGACUUUCUCUUGGUAGAUACGAAGAACAUGUUGUACCUAUUUAUAUUGAUAAAAUAGGUACAAAAUUAAUCUGGAAAUUUCACUCAAAUCCAAAAGAUAUACAAUUAUCCUUAGAAUUUUAUAGAAAUAUAAAAGAAUUUGAUAAAGAGAAUAUUACUCAACAAGUUAUAGAACCAACAGUUUACGGUUGUUCAAAAAAAAUCUUUACAGGAAAGUUAAAUGUUCAUAAAGCUGGAUUUUAUGUUUUCAAAUUCAAUAAUAUUAUAAAUGAAGACAUCCACCAGAUAGAGAAUUAUUUAUCCUACGAAUUAUUGAUUGAUGAAAAGUGAGAGAAAGGAGAUUAUGAGACAAACAAAGCAUAUACGUUUUUCAUAUGCUAAACAGCUGUUAUACAACAUUAUAUAUAUAUUAUUUUCAAAUUUAUAUAAGAAGUAAAGAUACUUAAUAAAAUAUAAAAACCUAU